CAGUUUCAAUGGAUUAAAUAAACGAAUCAAGCCAUGUGCAUAUUUAGCAGGCGUAAAUGUAUGAUUUUUGCAACACAAUUACAUGGAUUAAUUUUCUAGUUAAAUGAUAUACAAAUGAAUAUUGAAAUCUCAUAAUUGAUCAUAAUACAUUCAUAUCAAAUGCUUUGACAUAUGGCACGUGAAACUGGGAUAUAUUAGCCAUAUUAAGUGUACGACAAAUACAGGAAAUUAACAGAACUCAUAAAAUGGAGUCUGGUAAUAGAACAGGACUAAAUAACGCUACGACGGAUAAUAAUUUUGAAAUGACAUCUGACGAUACAAGUAUUUACCUAUUUGUAGUGAUACUUGUUGGUGCGAUACUUUUACUAACAACGAUUGUUGGGUUACUGAACAAUGUCACAUUUGUCGCAUCUAUGUUCUUUUACAAGCGAACCAAAAAGUUAAAAUACUCAUUGUUGAUUAGUAUAGCAUUUGCCGAUAUCAUUCUUUGCCUUAUAUGGUCGCCGAUGGAAGUGAGCCGCAUCGUGUUACUUUAUCGCAGAACACCUAUGUCUGAUGCACUAUGUAGCUUAAGCCCUUGUAUGUUCAUCUUUUGCAUUAUGGUGAUUCUCUUGAGCCUUAUUAGCAUCACGAUCCAAUGGAUUUUCAGACUUUUCUCGGAUAAUAGCAUCUGCUUGGCGUGGGUGAACAUCGCAGAAUUAACCGUUACAUGGUUUUUCUCAAUUUCUAUUGCUGUAAUGUAUGGGACAUCAUUCCAUGGACACUUACACCAUAAGGUUUGCGUCAAUGGUUAUUUGUACGCAGAUGCUGCCGAUGAACUCAGAGCACCAAAGGAGCUUGCAAUCACUGUCUUAGCUAUGUACGUUAUAAUCAUAGUGAUCGCAAUUGUGACGAUUAUAGUUUUCAUCAACAAAAAAAGCCUCUCACCAUCUAACCAUUACCUCCCUUUGCCAAACAGUGACCCGAGUAAGCCUAACACAAACACCACUGAAACAAAGGAUAUCCAAAAGUUGGAUCACAAUGAUAAAGAUACGAAACCAAUAUCAGAAUCAGACUCUAACUCUGUAGCUCAGAAUUCAGGAACCAAUCAAACGAAAGCCAAAAAAGAGUUUGGCCUUACUAAGAAACUUCUCUUUUCUUCACCGAGAAAAGAUAAAAAAUCAAGUCCUGCAUCAAAACAGCCCAAAAAUGCAGAAGAUGAUGAGGAAGAUGAUAUUGAUGAUUGCGACAAUUUGGAAAAGUUUCGUCAAAGUUUAAAAAAUCGUUUUGGCAGUGCUCUAUCUGGUCGUCGUCAUACCGUUGCAAAUGUAAGCCUUGGAACCAGUAGUUCUGAUUUCCAUUCAAAAUCUACGGAUGAUUUACCAAGUUCCCAUAAGGCAUCUGGGUAUAACUAUGUCCGUAAAUGGUCAGUGGAUGUCACCGCAUUAAUGGCGCAAUUAGAGGAUCCAAAAACACAUGGAUGUGGAAGAACCGCUUUUCAAGAGCUUCAAAUGUUGAAGCCAAAUACUUCUGCAACAACUAUUGAUGAAGUAGGAGAGGAAGAUACCAAAAUAAAUGGAAAUGCAAAAAACGAAAUACAAAAAGACAAGAAAAAUUUAUCAACAUCAUUUGAUGAAAACCCUACUAUCAUUCCAGAUAAAGAAGCAGCAAAUGCUGUUUCAGCAAAUGAAGAGCCUCCCCAAAAACCUAACCAUUCUAAAGAUAUCAAUGCCAUACCCAUCAUUAUUGUUGACGAUGAUAAUGGUAAUCAAGCACAAGAGCAGGUGGAGGGAAACAACAUAAUGGAAGAGCCAUUAGAAAAUAGUUUAACCUCCCAAAGUUCUGAUGCUAACACUCCAGCAAAAGUCAGUAAUGCCAAACUACAUAAACAACAGACUUUAUUAUACCAGGGAAAAAUACAUUCUCUUAAAGCUUGCCUAUGGUUAAUAAUCUUAUUCUCAAUAUUUACUCUCCCGUAUCUCAUACUCCAGACAGUGCAGAGCCAUCUAUCCCUUUUAAUGUAUCUCAAUACCACUUUAUGUGUGGUGGCGUUUGCUGUCAUACAAACAACAUUCCAUGCGAUGGUGUUUGCUUACAUGGAUAAACUCAUAAAGAAAGCUCUAAGGCGUCUGCAGCAAAAAUCCGUCUGCUGUGAUUUUGUGUUUACAUGUAAAGCUCUUCAGAUGCCACGUGUAGAGUCCAUAAAAAGGAGGGGAUCACGAAGCUCAAAGGGAUCAAAGUCGGGAACUUCAAGGUCAGGGUCAAGGUCAUCGAGGAAUUCUAAAGCAUCAUCUAAAGUGGAAGUAUAGAUUACCUUUGUAAUAUUUUUCAAGGAUCCCUUUCAAAAUGUAACAAAGUGUUCACCUAUCUACUAGAGCAUUUGAAAUGACAUUUUCUUCAUGGAUGUUGCUUUUUAAAUCAAUAAAAAAAAUUAAAGAUCCUAUCUCCAUAGUGUAAAAUGUAAUGAAAAUCAUUUAUAUGAACAGCAGUUGAGAGUAAUUGUUUGCAACCCAUUCAAUGCUGCUCCCUUUAUUCAUAUAAAAUUGUGAACUUGUAUUAAUUGUAUUGCUCAUAUUUUCAAAAAGUAGCAAAGUGCAAGUUUUGAGAAUGAAAUUUAAAAUUUAUUCAUGAGUACCACUUGCAACAAUCUAUUUUCAGCGAGUUUAUAGGGGUUGAUAUACUGAAGUUAUUAAAUAAUUCUAUGUUAUAAAGUAUAAGGAAAGUUGAACAAUAAGGUGGGGUGAGAUGGAUCACUUUAAUAUUAAGGUGGGAUGAGUGGGAUAAUUUUAACAUUAAGGUGGGAUUAGUAUGUCCACUAAGAUGAGUUGGAUCAUUACAACAUUUGACCUCUUUAACAUUAAGGUGGGAUAAUUAGGAUUGCUUUAACAUUAAGAUGGGACUAGUAAGACCCCUUUAAGAAUUAAGGUGAGAAUAAAAUCACUUGAACAUUAAGAAGGGAAACAUAUGAUGACUUUAAUAUAAAAGCUUGAUGAAUAAGAGCGCUUUGAUAUUAAGGUAGGCCGAAAUCAUUGAUACCUCUUUAAGCCCAUGACAUGAAACAUGUCUAAGUUAUAUUAAACUAUAAAAGUAAUUUAAUGGAUCAUGAAAUACCAGGAUGAUCUGAUUAUCAAUGAUGAUUUCUCAUUUGUAUUGAAUAGCCUUGUGCAUAGGGAACAUUCCUUGUAAUGGCCAAUGUUGUUCCAUGUAUACAGGUAUUUACAUGUAAGUCAAUGGGAUUUGAUUGUUUUGGUCCUCUUCCCAGGAAUUUUUGUGAGGAUUUUGUUAUAUUUUUAGUCCAAAUGUUUUAUAAUUUAGAAGUUUUGCAGUGCAAUAUUUUAGGUUUUUGUGCAACAUUUUAGGAUAUAUAUGUCUACUAUUAUAUACGAGUAUGUAAUUUAAAGUCAAAUGAAUAAAUGUUUUUCUUGUAUGAUAAUUUUCUUGGGACCACCCAUAAGCACAAAACAAUAACAAUAUAGUACUUUCCAUAGAUAAUAAACAAAUUUGAUUUAGUGCUGCCAUCUUUAGAUGAAAGUAUACAAUAAGUAUCCUUAACAACAGACAUUUUUAAUAUAACAAUAAUAAUAAACUGAUCUAGGGCUCUCUGACCUGCCAUAUUAAUUCAAUUAUACCAUAAUGGAUUUUUUAUUUUUCCCGGCAAGCUAUUAAUUCUAUUUUACAGCUCAAACUAAUAAUUGUUUUUACUUCCAUUAUCCAAUAUCGUGUUGAUUUAUAUUUUAUGAUAACUGAUUUAUGAACUAGAAACUAUUACUUAACCAAUAAUUUUUCAUAUCCAAUAUCCAAGAGUAUUUCUUAAUAAAUAUAUCCAUUUUUCAUCUUUUACUCUUAAAGUGCAGUUAUGCAGGGGUUUCACUAGAAUUUCUCACAACAGGCUAAAUAAAUGAAAACAACAGGUGAAAUUAAUGGAAAUUAUGAAUUUAACAUGGAAAAGCUGAAAAGUCCCUAAAAACAACAACAGGCAAUUUUGUGAAAACAACAAGUGAAAAUUGCCAAUUGCCUGCUGCUAAUGAAAUCCCUAUGUUUGACACAGUAUUUUUAAUAAAUAUAUCCAUUUUUCAUCUUGAACUCUUAAAGUACAGUUAUGUAUGAUAUAGUAGGAGUGUGUGCUAUAUAUGUCAUAAUCAUUUAAUGCUCCAAUAUAAAUUGUUAUGAAUCUGAUAUAUAAAUCAACUAGAAAAUGCUGGGGCAAGUUGAACCAAAAGAAAAACUCUAACCGUUCCAUCCCAUCAUUUGUCUACACUUUGAUGUAAACUACAUUUUGUUAAACUAUUCUGGCUAAAACAUUGGUAUAUAUCUAUCUAUCUGAGAGACAAAUAGGAUGAGGGCUGAAAGUAGGGGAAACUGGGGCAAAGUGGCCAUGUGACAUAAGAUGGCCUCACUGCAUUUGGCUUCUUAUAAAAACAUAACUUGUUCAACUAUUUUGAUUUAAACUUAAUGCUUCAAACAAAGUAGCGAACCAGGGUAGAGUAUAUGUAAAAAAAUUAGAUGAGACUAUACUGCCACAUAUGGCCAUCUUACCCCAAGCUCCCUUACUGCCCUGUUGACCAUCUUGUAUCAAGUGCUACAUAUACUUUGACCAGGUUUUUCAACAGAUGGAUGAUGGGUAGACAAUACCUUUAAAGAUCAAAUUUGUGUAAAUAUGGUUCACAUGUAUAUUUUGUAAAUUGUGUGUACAAAUGGUGUUCAUGUAUAUGCAGUGGCCAUACUAAAAGGCAUCAUAUGUAAAUAUAGCUAUCUAUUAAAUUACCGUUAUUAUUAUAUAGCAUGAUAAAUGUGGUUAUUUGAUGUAAAAGCUGAUGCCUGUUCUGUUAUUAAUGUUAUAAUGGUAUAUGCAUAAAUUUCAAGAAAAGCUAAUUUGUAAGAAUUUUGUAGAAAUUCAUUGUUUUAACUAUUUAAAUUGGAGGAUGUUUAUUGUAAUUUGAGAUUGACAUCAAUCUCAAUUAUCUAUGCUUUAUAACAAAAAGAAAAAUUUAUACAUAGACAAUUUUUUUCAUCAUAAAGAAAUUCAUCAAAAAUGGUUUACCUAUUGACCACCAUUUAUGGCAUUACAGGCUAGGCUGAACAAAAUAUUAAAGUGACAAUAUAUCAUGUAUGUAACAUGGAAGCAUAAAGGCUUAACGUGUAGAAAUGAAAUCAUGUCUGAGUUUCAGGAAUUCCAUAUUUCAUGACAAUUGAGCUCCUGUGCAUUUUUAAUGUUCAGAAAAUGUUCUGGUUGCCAUGGUUACAAAAAACCCUGGUCUUUUGUGAAGAUGUGAUUUCCCAUUAGGCAAGUCCGAGAGAGUAUUUUUUUUGCCAUAACAACCAAUCUUUGCAUGUCAGUGUAGUACUUUGUUUGCCAUAGUGACCAAACUUCAUGUUACUUCUAUAAGCCCACAGUAUGUUUGAAAAAUAUACAAGUAUUUGAAAUAUGUGUAUUACAUGUAAAUAUUUCAUAGAAUAUUGUACAGUCUUUGAGAUUCAAUUUGUGCAAUUUUGAUGUGAAUAAACUAAUAU